AUGAAGUACGUGGACUAUCUACCUGCAGACCGUAAGAUCUUUGAUGUUGAUAUUGCACACAUGGAGAGCAUGAGGCACGUUGGGAUAUCAAUUCCAAAGAUCUAUGAGUCUAUUGUUGCACAGGCGGGUGGUUUUAAUUUGGUUCCGUUUACAAAGCGAGAUAUGUACAACGAGGUUAGGCGACAAAAGGCAAUGCAGAAUGGUGACGUAAAUGCUGCGUUGAGGGUUUUGGAGGGUGCGGCCCAGACGGACGAGAAAUUGUAUUGGAGCAUCACAUGUAUGGGUGUUAAGAAAUUUACUGGAAUACUUGGGGGUAAAGCACCCACAGCGGUGAUAACUGAUGGCUAUCGAUCAAUGCGCGUAGCUAUUCAGGAAGUGCUUCCAAAUGCUCACCACCGCUUAUGUGCUUGGCACCUUCUGAAGAAUGCGACAGUUAAUGAGUUUGAGAUGCUUUGGAAUGCCAUGCUGGAGGAGUGUGGGGUUAGGAAGUUAGAGUGGGUCAAGGACAUAUACGAGAAGAAGUCUUCAUGGACAACUGUUUACAUAUGGGGCAGGGACAAUGAAGAAGAGCUUGACUUCCGAUUAUCAUACGGGACGCCCGUCCUUCAAACGCUGUUUCCAGAGUUAGAAAAGUCAAGGGCAAUAAACUUCACACGGGAAAUUUUCUCAAGAUAUCGUGAGUCACUUUAA